CUCCCUGUGGAAGGCCCAAAGGGACACACACACACACACACAGAGCGUAAGCAGUAUGGGACUGGAAAGCAUCGCAAACAGGUGGCCUGGUAUUUUGUCCUUCACCUAAAGUCACUGCCUGAACUGCUGCAUUCACUGCAAGUGCUUUUCUCUGUUGCACAGGAAUUAGCCCCAGCAGUGCUCAGCUUCUUCGGAGCAGAGUCCGGCGGCGGCGGCGGCUGCAGCGAGCCCGGCGCCUUCGGAGGUGGAGCCCCGGCGGUGGCGCGCCAUGGAGGGUUACCGGAACGCCACCGAGGUUCAGAUGAGUCAGCUGGUGCUGCCCUGCCACACCAACUACCACGGGGAGCUCAGCAUCGGGCAGCUCCUGAAAUGGAUCGACACAGCAGCCUGCCUCUCUGCCGAGAGGCAUGCUGGCUGCCCUUGCGUCACAGCUUCGGUGGAUGAUAUCUAUUUUGAGCACACAAUUAGUGUCGGGCAAGUUGUCAACAUCAAAGCAAAAGUAAACCGAGCAUUUAACUCCAGCAUGGAGGUUGGUAUACAGGUCAGCUACGAGGAUCUUUGCAAUGGGAAACAAUGGAAUGUGUGCAAGGCAUAUGCAACUUUUGUUGCGCAAGGCAAGCCACCUGCUAAGAUCAAGUUAAAGCUCCUGGUUCCUCAAACGGAGGAGGAAAAGAUUGAGUAUAGCAUUGCUGCUGAACGCCGCCGGAUGCGUCUGGCCCAUACAGACACAAUCAAAGACCUUCUCACUAACAGCCCUGUGCAUUCUGAGGGCGAGAACAGAGAGUGCAACACUGUGGUACCUGCCGAAAAGACCAGAGUGGAGAGUGUGGAGCUAAUUCUGCCUCCACAUGCCAAUCACCAGGGAAACACAUUUGGAGGGCAGAUCAUGGCCUGGAUGGAAAAUGUGGCCACGAUAGCAGCAAGCCGAUUGUGCCGUGCUCACCCCACCUUGAAGACAAUUGAAAUGUUCCAUUUUAGAGGACCAUCUCAAGUUGGGGACCGCCUCCUCUUCAAGGCCAUUGUCAACAAUGCAUUCAAGAACAGCAUGGAGGUUGGGGUGUGCGUAGAAGCUUAUGGGCAUGAAAUGGAAGUCAGCCGAAGGCAUAUCAACAGUGCCUUCAUGACCUUUGUGGUCUUGAAUGGAGGUGGUCAGCCAUGCACACUGCCAGUGCUGAAACCAGAGCCAGGGGAUGGAGAGAGGAGGUACAAAGAAGCUAGUGCUAGGAAAAAAAUUAGACUGGACAGAAAAUACGUCAUUUCCUGUAAGCACACAGAGGUACCUUUGUCUGUGCCUUGGGACCAAAGUAAUAAGGUUUACCUGAGUUACAACAACGUUUCUGCACUGAAGACCUUAGUUGCCAAAGCAAACUGGGUGCUUGCCUCCGAAAGAGACAAGGUCAAGAUGUAUAUGCUGGAGGAAGAUAAAUUCCUGUCUAUCAGAAUAGAGAUGACCGUCUGCAUCGAUGCCAAGCAGGCCUUCCUGCUGCUUUCGGACAUGAGACGCAGGCAUGAGUGGGAUGAGCAUUCCGUACGUGCUGAGCUGGUGCAACAAGUUGACAAAGAUGAUGUGAUCUAUCAUGUAAUUAGUCGAACCAUCAGUGAGGAAAACAAACCUCAGGACUUUGUCAUCCUAGCAUCACAAAGAGAACCUUGCAGCAAAGGUGAUCCAUAUGUUGUAGCAUUCAGAUCUGUCACAUUACCAACACAACCAGCACAGCCAGAGUACACCCGAGGAGAGAUCUUAUGUUCUGGCUUCUGUAUUUGGCAGGAAACAGAGGAGCUCACCAAGGUGUCGUAUUACAACCAAGCCACACCAGGUGUGUUGGCCUACAUCACAACUAACAUUGCUGGGUUGUCCUCGAGCUUCCAUUCCACCUUCCAAGCCUGUGAGCAGUUCCUCCAGAAGCACAAAGACGAUGUCUCUGUCAGACUUCAGAAUCUUUAACUGCAAAGUUUUAUCUGUAUAGUCUCAUGAUGAACAUGGAUGUAGACACUGAAGUGAUCUUUCUGUAUUUGUGAGAGGAAAGAAACAGGCUUGUUCAAAUACAUAAAUUACAUAGGCCAAGGUUGUGGUAGAGGACCAUGUUAUUGGAGUAUGAUCAGAAUGAGAAAUCGUACUCAGGAAAAUAAUUAUUGGAAUCUUAUAGGUCAUGGUUUGUGCACCUUCUCUAUUCAGGAUGCAGCACAUGAAGAUUUUUCUUGGAUUAUGUGUGUCCUUCAUAUCUGUCUUGACUUCUUUUGAAGUCCUUUAUUUAAUUGAUAGGAAAAUCUGAUUAUAAAGGGAUAUAUUAAAAUGGACUCCUAUUGCCUUAUCCAGAAGAAUAGGUGCUAUAUCAGUGAAAUAAAAAAACAAACUGUACAGGAAAUAACUUUUUAUAUUGCAUCAGUGAAAGUGAAACUUCCUCUAAAGUGCCUUAUACCAAGGAAACGAACAUUCACAAGCACCAAUAGUGCAAAUUCAUGGGAAGAAUUAUUCUUUAUUGGAAAGGGUUUACAGACUUUUACACAGGGCUUGG